AUGUCUUUAAAUAUUAUUUUAGAAUUCAAUUCCGGUGCUGAGUUGCUCUUUGGAAACAUAAAAAAAAGAGAAGUUUGUCUAACCAAUUCAGCCAAUUCAGAAAAAUGGAACAUUCGUAGACUAUUGAAGUGGAUGAGUGAAAAUAUACUCACCCAACGGUUAGACCUCUUUAUGAGAGAUGAGACAGUGCGCUCUGGUAUACUAAUAUUAAUCAACGACGUUGAUUGGGAGCUUCUGGGUGAAUUGGAUUAUGAAUUGCAGCCGCAAGAUAAUGUUUUAUUUAUAUCUACUUUACAUGGGGGUUAAUUUAAAAAUUCUGAACGCUUUAGUAUGUAAUUUUCCACCUUCUCAGUACUCGUCGCCAAGAAUUUCACGUGUUUUUGGGGUCGAGCUGUAUUUUUCAAUAAUUUAAAACUAAAAAAAAAUUCUGUUAAUUUUAAUUUGUUAAUCUUAAGUCUGGGUGGAUUGAGUUACUUUGGUACAUCAUAUUUUUUAUUUAAUAUGUUUAGUUUAAGUGAUAUGCGAGCUAAAAUAAAAUAUGUCGGUUUUACUUUUUUUGCAUUCUCAUUGUUUUGAUACGGAUUUUUUUUUUAUUUGCCGAGAUGUUUACAUUUGCCAUGUAAGCGAGAUAA